AUGACGAGACCACGCGGCUCUUCGGCGGCGAGCGAGGAGAGCGCCGGCGUGCCCCUCGACCAGGAGCUCGGGAGUAUGUACGAUUACCUUGCCAAGGUUAUCCUCCUAGGACCCAGCGGAUCGGGAAAGUCAUGUCUUUUGCACCGCUUCGUCAAGAACGAAUGGCGAGUUCUCUCCUCCCAGACCAUCGGCGUCGAGUUCUCCAGCAAGAUCAUUAAAGUUGGCACUGGUGCGAGGAGGAAACGCAUAAAACUACAGCUCUGGGACACAGCAGGCACAGAGCGGUUCCGCUCCGUCUCGCGAUCCUACUACCGAGGCGCCGCCGGCGCCAUCCUCGUCUACGACAUCACAUCCCACGCCUCCUUCCGCGCCAUCCAACCCUUCCUAAACGACGCCCGCGCCCUCGCCUCCCCGAAACUCAGCGUCCUCCUCGUAGGAAACAAGCUCGACCUCGCCUCCGACGCCCUCAUCGACACGAGCAUACCGCCCCUAACCCCCAGCAGCGUAGGAUCCACAAGCACGACCGCCACUUUGCGUCCCGUACCCAGCACGACGUCCCUCUCCACCAUCACCACAACCGACAGCUCCAGCACCAUAAGAGGCGGACAGCCAGGCUCGGUAUCCACAUCCCUUGGCACCGCGCACUCCCAGCGCGUAACCGUCGCCCCCGAAGGCCGCGAAGUCUCCUCCUCCGAAGCCACGCGCUGGGCUAGCACCGUCGGCGUCCCCGUCGUCAUGGAGGCGAGCGCCUUCACGGGCGAAAACGUUGACGAGAUCUUCGGCCGGCUGGCGCGCAUGAUCCUCACCAAGAUCGAGCUCGGCGAGAUCGACCCGGACGACCCCAUGAGCGGCAUCCAGUACGGCGAUAACUACGGCGGCGGGUGGAAUGCCGGCGCGAGCGACGGCGCGAGCAUCAAGAGUUCUAUGACGGCGGGGACUAUUGAUGAUAUUGGGGCCGGGGGACCCAGAAGGAGGAGAGGGCGCGGUGGGGGGAGGAUGGGGAGGAAUAGAGGGGGGAAUUGGGCGGGACUUAGGGAGUGGGAGGAGGUGUUUACAAUUGGGAAUAGGAGGAGGGGUGGGAACUGUUGUUGA